ACGCUUGUUGAUAACUUGACUUAAUAAAGUUGUGAAAAGUAUCUGAUAAAAACAUCAAAGAAAGAAGUUUGCGGAUGGGUGUAGAUUUGGCAAUAUAAAAUCCGAUUAUUUAAAAUGGAAAACGAUUUCCAAUUUUCAUUUAAGUACAAAGGAACAUAUUCUAAGCUUUCAGUUCCUAUAAGCUUCCCGUUGGAAGGAGGCGUUGACGAAUUUGUUGGGCGGUUGAUGACAGCUCACAACCUACCCUGUUUCAUCCAAUCAGAACUGCAAAACUCACUGACAGCCUUUCUUGCCAAGGGGACUGCUACCUACCAUGAUACAUGUGCAGAGGAGGCGUUGAAAGCUUUGCAAAUUGGCGACGAUGACAUCGGCAACAUUGCUGAGAAAUGGGCGAGGGCGUUUACCCAGGUAUGGAAGAUUUAUGAAUGCUGGAUAAUGACUCAUUUAUUUCCACAACAAGUGGAUGAGAUGGAGAGAGCUGUACAGGGGUUAGAUGUCACACAUGAUGACUCACAAGUUAAUAGACUGGCUGCCCUCCAUUUUGAAAACACCCAGCUUGCUGAGGCAAAAUGGGCAAAUGAGUUGAUCAACCUGCAAACCAACCAGAGGCGAGAGUUCAAGGAGUGGGUCUACCGACUAAAUGAAGAUGUGAAGAAUGGACAAGAAGGCAAAGUCUGUCGCAAGAUCCGUGCAAUGUCUGACUCGGCACCACCACGUGUUGAAGAAGAAACCCAUGUGGAUGAGAGGAGGAUGGAGGAGAGUUUCACGAUCCAUCUUGGUGCCCAGAUGAAAACAAUGCAUAACCUACGGAUUGUGUGCAUGGAAAUACAUGAAUUGUGUAAACAUAAAGCACUUCGCAUAGGUGGGAGAAUUCAGCCUGAACCGCAGCGCUUACAGACGGCAAUGUCACUCUUCUCAAACUCAUUAAGUGGCUUAGUAUUGCUGGUGGAUGACAGAGUAAAUACUUAUACUGGGGUUAAAAGAGAAUUUGCAACUAUAUGUCAACAGUCAACAGACUUUCAUUUCCCAGACUUGGAGACACAAAUCCGCGUUGCACAGCAAUACACAACAAAGGCAAACACAAGACGACAGCUACUUAAAGGCAAUUCAGAAUCGUCCAAUGGUAAUUGUGCAUCACCCUCUGAUGAAAUUUCAAGCAAUCUUAAACAAGGAGAUUUUUAUAUCACAAAACACUCAAAUUUAGCCCAAGUCCAUGUAGUCUUUCAUCUGGUAACUAAUGACAGUGUGAGGGCGCCAGACUUGAAUUCAAGACACCCUGUGAUAGUUGCUCUACGUAGCGUUCUCAAGUGCUGUGUGGAUUUUGACAUCCAUUGCAUUAGCAUACCUUUGUUACUUGUCUACGAAAUGCAUGAAGAAAUGACUAUCAGUUGGUGUUUGAAGCGAGCUGAGUUGGUUCUUAAGUGCAUCAAAGGCUUCAUGAUGGAGAUGGCUUCAUGGAGUGGAAAUCAAAGUCGAACAAUUCAGUUCAUUGUGCCAAAAGGAAUUGCAGUGGAUCUCUUUGAACAGCUUAGCUCGAUGCUACCCCAGAUAUUCCGAAUGUCUAGAACAGUGGAUCUGACGCGACAGUAGAGCAAAACAAAUGUUUGUGUUGCCUUUGAUGUUCACUGACUUCAGUUUCAAAAAUUCUGAUUUCCUUUCUUUUUUUAUCCACAUUUUGCAUCCUUAUAAAAAUUUAUUGAAAUUAUGAAGGAAAUUAUGUUGGAAAUUAGUUCACAAACAAUAAAUUCACUAAAACUCUCUACUUUUGUUUCAAUUACUUCCCCCCUCCCCCCUUUAAAACGAAAAUUCCUAAGAUGGUUUUUUUGUAUUUGAGUCACACAAAGACAGGGACACAACAUUUUUUUUGUGCCUAAUGACUCUUGGAUUGGAUUGGAUUGAAUUUAUUCGGUGUAAACACGGAGGGUUAGCUCACAAAAGUCUUGAAGAAGAGUUACAUCCAGUGGGGUCCUUCUGGUGGUGAUUGGGCAGUACACCGGGAGACAAUCUCCGAAGAGUGUACUGCGUUCUUUAACAUGCGCAUGGGACCAAACCCCUUAAACGUCUCAUCCGAAAGAUGGUGCGCUAUUGUAACUUGCAUUUCAGCCCUCCAGCUGAAACACAAGGAGAGGCAGCGAUGGGAAUUGAACCGGGGAGCUAGAGAUCUCCACGGUUCAGCGCACACAAUGGCUAUCACCAGAUUAGUCGACUGAUCUAAGCUGAUAUUUGCUAUUAGCAAUUAUAUGAAAGGCCUAAUUGCCUAAAUGCACUAGAUAACUAGUUUAUAAAGAAGGUAUACAUAUGAAUUCCAUACAUAUUUCAACCACAAAGCAUAUUUUUUUUCUUCACUUUUUUGUCAAACUUUAUAGAAAAUAUUUAUUCAGACCUUUUUUGAAGAAUUAAAGUAAUGUUUGACCAAGUGACAUGGAAGACUCGGAGUUAGAUUUGAUUAUUAUACAUAUUUAGAUGAUAUACCUGCUACAACUUUCUGGCAGUAAGUUAUUGAAAUUUAAAAUAUAUGAUUAAUUACAAAAAAAUAAUAUUUGACCGUUGUAUGUGUGAAUCUGUAUAGUAAAGUUCUAUACCAUGAUUAUAAUUAUGGACAGGGUAACUGUCCAUUAUAUAAAGAUUAUAUUUGAUUUUAUAUGAAAUGUUAAAAGUAUACCAAUAAACUAUCUUUUGAAAUCAUGCUGGCAAAAAGUGGUA